AUGGAAGAGGUAAUGGCCGAAAAGAAACCAACAACAGAAGAAUCUGUAGCGUUGAAGGAAAAGUGUAGUGAAAAUUCACUGGGGCAGAAAAUUCCAAACAAACAGAAGGAUCUUGGAACGGUAACAGUAUCAUGCAUAAUUAAAGAAAGAACUUUCAAAAAGGUACUAAUUGAUUUUAGAGCUAGUGUGAGUCUGAUGCCAUUAUCAAUCUAUCACAAGUUGGGUAUUAAAAAUUUCAGUGAUACAAAGACAAAUCUGAAGUUUAUGGAUCACCCGAGAAAGGAUGCAUAUGGUAUAGCAGAAGACAUAUGGGUGACAAUAGAAGACUUGAGUUUUCCUUUUGAUUUUGUGAUCCUAUACAUACCUGAAGAUGAAGAGACAUCCAUCAUUCUUGGUCGACCUUUCAUGCAGACAAGUUAA